GUGCGCAUGCCCAGUGGAAUUAUAUAACAUUGAGAAAGUUACACAACAUUUCGAUGUUGAUUCUUGCAUAAGGGCGAUAUUGAACAAAGAGACUGUAGCUAGACUGGCAGUUGCAACAGGACACUGAGAGCACCUGCUGCUCGUCUGCAUGAACCUGAGCAGGUUAUUCAGUAUCACUUGCCAAUCAUUUUGCCAUAGGCAUUCUGUAAUUUGUUUCUUCAGACUUUCAUUUCGUGUGUGGGUGCAGAGUGCUAAACAAAGAAGCAACAUGUUGAAGAACAGGAAACAGGCCAACAGAGAGCCCGGAUGUGAUGCUGAAGGUUCUGACUACAGCAAGAAAAUUGAAGAGAGCUCAAAAAAAAUGGCAACAACGUUUUCCGGCUCCUCCAACAGUGUGAAUACAUCCAAGAAGGAAUCGAGAAAGGAACUUAAUCAGAAUGACUCCAAUCAAAAAGAAGCAUUGAACCUCCGUGCUAAGGAAAAGAGAAAAGUGAAAGAGAUUACUCCAGGAUUGAAUGAGGGAGAGUUGUCCAAUCCUAGCAAUGGUAAAAAGAGGAAGGUUGAACAGCAGACUAAGGCCGCUCCCUCAAGAGGGGGGGACCUGUCGGAAAGUAUUAAAAAGUCACGUUUGUCCACAGCAACAUCAGUGGAAGAAUUUAAUUAUAACAAAAAACGUGUUCGUCUUCUUUCUAAAACAAAGGGCAUCAGGGACAACUGUCAGGGAAUUAUUUACUGGAUGUCCCGUGACCAACGAGUACAGGAUAACUGGGCUUUCUUAUAUGCACAAUGGCUGGCUCUUAAGCAUAAACUCCCACUCCAUGUCUGCUUUUGCCUGGUACCCAAGUUCCAUGAUGCCACUAUCCGCCAUUUUGAUUUCAUGCUGAAGGGACUCCAGGAAGUUGCUGAGGAGUGCAAACAAUUGGAUAUUUCUUUCCAUCUACUCAUUGGAUUUGCCAAAGAUGUCUUGCCAGAGUUUGUUAAAGAAAACAACAUUGGAAGUGUGGUUACAGAUUUCUCUCCAUUGCGUUCCCCACUUCAGUGGGUCGAGAAUGUGAGACACAAUCUACCGGAAGAUUUACAAUUUGUCCAGGUUGAUGCUCACAAUAUUGUACCCUGCUGGGUAGCCUCAGAGAAACAAGAAUACAGUGCCAGAACAAUCAGGAGGAAAAUUCAUGACAAACUCCCUCAAUUUCUGACAGACUUCCCUCCAGUUGUCCAGCAUCCUUAUACCUCUCCCCUGAAAUCACAGUUGAUUGAUUGGGAUGCGGCCUAUGCAAAACUUCAGGUGGACCUGAAGGUUAAGGAAGUUGACUGGGCCAAACCAGGGACUGCAGCAGGUCUAACUAGAAUGGAGUCAUUCAUUGAGGAACAGCUUAAGUACUUCAGCACAGACAGAAACAACCCAAAUAAAACUGCCUUGAGUAAUAUGUCACCAUGGUUUCAUUUUGGUCAGAUUUCAGUUCAGCGUGCGAUCCUGGAGAUAAGGAAGUACCGCAACAAGUUCAAGGACAGUGUGGACAGUUAUAUCGAAGAAGCUGUGGUGCGGCGGGAGCUGGCGGACAAUUUUUGUUUUUACAAUAAACAGUACGACAAGAUUGAAGGCGCCUCUGACUGGGCACAGAAAACUCUGAAAAUACACAGCAAAGACCAACGAUCACAUCUUUACACAUUGAAACAACUGGAAGAUGGGAAAACACAUGACCCCUUGUGGAAUGCUGCACAGCUUCAGAUGGUCCUUGAAGGAAAGAUGCAUGGUUUUCUACGAAUGUACUGGGCUAAAAAGAUCCUAGAGUGGACCACUUCUCCAGAGGAAGCCUUGCAGUUCUCCAUCUACUUGAAUGACCGUUAUCAACUCGAUGGCAAAGAUCCAAAUGGAUAUGUGGGCUGCAUGUGGUCAAUCUGUGGAAUCCAUGACCAAGGCUGGGCAGAGCGACCUGUCUUUGGCAAGAUUCGCUACAUGAAUUACAAUGGCUGCAAGAAAAAAUUUGACGUUGGCCAGUUCGAAAGGAAAUACAAUCACAAGAAGCUUACAAAACCAUUGUAGAUCAAUGUAUAUGCUUCCACAAAGAUUGAAUAUUUUGGAGUUUUGUCUAUUGUUUUAAAAUCUGAAAUUCAAGACAAGUGUGGGAUCUGGGGGGUUGUAGACUUAGAAAGAUAUGUGCAGAGCAAAUAAAGCCCAUUUGAGUAACCAGA